UACUGCUUAGCAUCUUCAGCGUCUUCAGGAAAUUUCGGUUACAAAGCUUAACCCUUUCUCGGACGUGGACAUCAACGUCAACCACUGCCAGACACCUUGGCAUUGUAUUUGAGAAACUAGCGAUACUACUGCACAUCGUAAUGGUAUUAAAGACAACCAAUAUUCCUGUGCCGCAGUGCAAGUAAACAUUGGUUUGUGAUUCAGUGUAAUUCUGUUGGUUGCAACCACACCGCUAGUUGCUACUAAAUUUUACAAACUGGACAUUUAACAAUGUUGACCAUUAUAAUUUGAUGUUGAUUUAUUUAUAUUUUUGGACUACAGAAAAAUGGCCGGAAACCCUGCCGGCAAGUUCGACUUCGACCACUCUCCAGAGAAUUUGAAGGCAAUAUUAAACAACACUUUUCAACUUCAGGAGUUUCGGGUCAAUCAACUUGAAGCAAUUAACGCCAUAAAUCGGAAAGAAAAUGUCUAUGUUGUUGGAGGUAAUGGUGCUGGUAAAAGCCUGUGCUACCAGCUACCAGCCUGCUUGUCUGCUGGAGUCACUGUGGUGAUCUCUCCACUCAUCUCCCUCAUCAAGGACCAGAUUCAGAAACUCACUGAACUGGGUAUUGAGGCCUGGACUCCCCCGGAUGACCAAGGUUACAGCAAUGCAGAAAGUACCUACGAACAGUUGCUUAAAAUCAGACUGCUCUACGUCACCCCCGAGAAGAUGAGUAUGAGUCGUCCCCUGACCAAGGCUCUGCAGGACCUGUUUGCCAAUGGUCUUCUGGCUCGGUUUGUUAUCGAUGAGGCCCACUGCAUCAGUCAGUGGGGCUAUGACUUCCGGCCGGAGUACGGGAAGUUGAAUGAGCUGCAGCAGGACUUUCCGGGGGUGCCCAUGAUUGCUGUGUCAGGCCCCAUCGCGCCCCACAUCCAGGAGGAAAUCCUCAAUCAGCUGCAGAUGACCAAACCUCAGGUGUAGGUUUUCCAGCGCUUAUUAAGCUCACAGCAACAGAACCUUGCUGCUAAUUGUUCCUGCUCGUCGUGUUUUGUUUUGUUUAUUCACUAGAGCAUCAUAUUCAUGAAUGGCCUGAUUUCAGGUUCACCAUGAGCUUUAACCCAACAAAUCUAAAGUAUGCCGUGGAGAACACAACACUGAAUGGGGGAAUGAACUGCAUUAAAUGGAUCCAGGAUAGACAUAAGCGCUAUCCACGUAUGUCUGUGCACAUGUUUCUCAGGUCCUCUCAGACCAAGAGGAAAACUUCAAAAUAUCACAUGUUUUCCAUUUUCCAUAAUAAUGUACAACAUACUGCUGAUAUUUUCUCUCCGGUCUUUGUGUGUUGCAGAUGACUUGGGCAUCGUGUACUGCUGGAAAAAGGUUUACUGUGACUCCAUGGAAAAGACACUGAACGAGGCAGGCCUGAAGGCAUAUUCGUAUCAUGCAGGGAGGACUGAGGAAUACAGAGAGAGUGUGCAGAACAUGUGGAAAGAAAAUAAAUGCCAGGUCAUCUGUGCCACUGUAGCCUUUGGCAUGGGCAUCCACAAGCCGGACGUGCGGUACGUGAUCCACAGCGUUCUGCCCAAGUCCAUGGAACGCUACCAGCGGGAGACCGGGCGGGCCGGCAGAGACGGGAACUUGUCCCACUGCAUCCUGUUUUACAACAACAACGACUAUCACCAGCUUCACUAUGUCAUCAGCAGUGCGCCUUGCUCCAUUUAACCUCAUUCGUUAAUUUGGCUCCAAAAGUGUCCUACUCCAAUUGAAUUCAUAGUAUUUUGGUCAUUGGUCGUGGUAUUCAUUUAUCUCAUCAUUCUUCAUGUUGUGUUUUUAACAGAUGAUGCAUCUUUAACCGAAGACUCCAUGAAGAGGGAAUUGGACAACCUAAACCGCGUAGUACAAUACUGCGGGAAUGAGAAGGUCUGCAGAAGAGCACAACUGCUUUCUUACUUUAGUGAGGUCAAAACUGAAGCCAACUUAUGCGAGGAAAGCGCAGAAGCCAUCUGUGACAACUGCGAAAGCGCCAAU